AUGCCCGUGUACUUCCCUCCUGCUCCACCACCGAGAUCCAAUUUGGGCCGGUACAGGCUACUUUCGCCGACCGCUUCUGUAUGGGUCAGUCCUAUAUGCCUAGGGGCAAUGAAUUUUGGAGAUAGCUGGCUACACUGGUUGGGAGAGUGUACCAAGGAAACGACGGAGGAAAUCCUAGACUACUUUUACGAGCAAGGGGGUAAUUUCAUUGACACGGCCAACAAUUACCAAUCUGGAGAGAGCGAAAUUCGGCUUGGCGAGUGGAUGAAGAGGCGCCGGAACCGCGAUGAGAUGGUCAUUGCCACCAAGUACACCACAGCCUUUGUACCUCUAGAAGGCGACGCAAACAUUAAAAUCAAUUUGAAUGGAUGUGGUAGUAAAAGCCUACAUGCCUCCGUUGCGGCAAGUUUGCAGAAACUACAGACGCAUUACAUUGAUCUGCUCUACGUUCACUGGUGGGACUACAGUACCUCGAUACCAGAAAUGAUGCAAGCCCUCAACAGCCUCAUCGUCAGUGGCAAAGUGCUGUAUCUUGGUAUCAGUGACGCCCCAGCAUGGGUUGCUAGUAAAGCAAACGAGUACGCUAGAAACCAUGGUAUGCGACAAUUCAGCGUCUACCAGGGCCAAUGGUCAGCAGCUCAUCGGGACUUUGAACGCGACAUCAUCCCCAUGUGCCGUGCUGAGGGAAUGGCUCUCGCUCCAUGGGGCUCCCUGGGCGGUGGCAAGUUCAAGACCGCAGAGCAGCGCAGGGCUCAAGAGGGCAGAGCGAACCAAGAGUAUAAUGAGGUGCAGACAAACGUCACUGCUGCACUUGAGGCUGUUGCAAUCCGUAAAAAUGCGGCUCCCACCGGUGUCGCCAUUGCAUAUGUCAUGCACAAGGCGCCAUACGUCUUUCCAGUGCUUAGCGGGCGCAAGGUUGAGCACAUUAAAGGAAACAUUGACGCACUCAAUAUCCAAUUGAGCCCCGGAGAUAUCAAGGAAAUCGAAGCUGCAGUACCGUUCGACCUGGGAUUCCCGAACAGUUUUCUCUGGGGCAAGGAGAUGCCAACAGCGCAGGGCAACGUGAAGUUCGCCGUACUGGGUGGCAACUAUGACCACGUUGAAGACGUCCAGCCUAUCAAACCUUCAAAAGUGGCAGAGUAG